AUGCCAGCUACAAACAUAGCUUUAAAUAAAAUCGAAGAUUUUAUAAACAGCAACCCUCUGGAACUUAUUUACAGCAAUGAGGAUCCGGCUACAUAUUUGCACUGCAGUGGAACCAGAACAACGCCUGACUUACUCCUGGCUUCAAACGACUUCAGCGAGCAUACACAAUACAAAAUAAUGGACAAUCCUGGUUCUGGUCACAAACCAGUCAUUGCUAGUAUUACCAUCGGCAGCAAAAGCAUGACAAGAAAAGUGCCAACUAAGCUAUCAUGGAACUUCAAGAAGGCUGACUGGUCUAGAUGCACUAACCUUUUAGAGAAUGAACUUCAAAGAAGUCCCCUCAACUUCAACCAACAUCCUGACAAACUUUGCGAUCGUCCCCUCAACUUCAACCAACAUCCUGACAAACUUUGCAUCGAUAUGAUUCACUAA